GUUUCGGCCCAGUUUACGACCUAAGCAUUUUCUUCACUGAUCACGUUCAGCCUUCAUGGCGGCUGCUCGACUCUGUUCUCGGGUAGCUUCCAAGAGAUACUAUUCACGCACCUUGUCUACUCAUGCCUAUCGUGAGCCCAUGCCAGGUGACAAAGUUGACUACGACUUGUCUGCAAUUUUCAUGCGCAACUGGGAUACCAGAGCUGACUCUGGGACAGACAAAGGUUGCGAAUGGGAGAAAGACUGGGACAACGUUCAACGCGUUUGCAAGUCACUCGGAAUCCCAUGCACCAUGAAUGAUCUUUUGCGGGAAAACUGGAACAGAAUAUUUCAACCAGCUUUGGAUGUUUGGGAAAGUGGGUCUAUGCCGAAUCCCGAUGUUUGGUGUAACAGAGAAAUUAAAUUCGGGGCUCUUUUGGAACGAUUGCGCGUCGAUCCAAUCACAGGAAUAUCAUGGUUUGCUACAGGACACUACGCAAGGAAACACCAAACAAAAGAUCAGUCUUACUAUUUGUCGUCAAUAUCUGAGCAAGGCCUUGCACGAUCGCUUUUCCCUCUGAGCGAAAUAACCAAAGUCGAUUAUCGAUUAGAAACAGCAGAGAAGCCGGAAAGUAUGGGUCUAUGCUUUGUUGGCGAGAGCGGAAAUUUUAGUCAAUUUUUAAAUUCUUACCUCAGACCCAAUCCCGGUCCGAUAAUUGACUCUACGAUGCAAAAGGUGAUCGGACAUCAUGAAGGCCUUUGGACAUACACAAUUGGAGAAAACGCCAAGGUAGCAGGACAACCCUCCAAAAUGUUUGUUUCGCACAAGGACCCUAUCAAGAAUGCCAUCUAUGUCGUUCCGAGUAGUAAUCACCAAGCCUUGCGCGAACAACGAAUUUGGAAUGAUUCCCCUCCUGCCAUCAUUUUCGAACCAGCAGGUUUCCGUGCGGCGGUCAAAGUGCGCCAUCGUCAGGAUGUUCAGUCAUGUAUAGCUAAGACUGCCCAUGAUGGAAAGCUUGAGAUCAUAACCAACGAGCCUAUGCGCGGGGUAUCGCCAGGUCAAGUUGCUGCUCUGUGGGACGGAGAUUGGUGUCUCAGAUGCGGUGUAAUCACUGCUACAGGCAAUUCCCUGCUACAUAUUGUUGAUGGACGAUUCAGGCCUUCUCAUGUUGCGAAACAAGUUGACCAACUUCAGAAAAAGAGGACUACAAAAUCUACAGGUGAAGGUCCGCCUGAACGAAGUCAACUCCAAAAACCAUCGCCAGGAUCGAAAAUUCCAACAUGAAGCCCCACUCGGCAAAUUGAAAAAACUGGCGAAGGAAACGAAACACUGGGAUUGGUGAUAAGUCUUGCCAUUUCUGCUGAUACCUUCAAUUUGUGCAUGUCUUCGAUCCAGGAAUUAUUUGUAUCACUUUAAGAACAACAAAAAUGUAUCCGCCAUGAAAUCCACUUUGAUCAACCA